AUGUUAUUUCUGGCCUUAAGGCAGCAUCCUGAUCACUGCUUACCUCGUGCUCAACUGAUCAAUUCAGCACUUGAAUUAGAUAUAAAAAUAAGCGCUGAACUCGGCUUGCCUCGUGUGUUUCGUAGCAAGACACCUGCCAAUUCUGCUUCAGCCUCAUUAACAGUAAACAGUGAUCGUUAUUUUAUACCUUUUAAACCAGAAGGAAGCAAGUCAACCUGGUUUAAGUUGGCCUAUGAACCUGGGGAUGAAGGGAAAGCAGUUCAAGAAUAUCAGAAAUGGAUGAAAAAGUUGAUAGAGCACGAUUGGCCUUAUUGCUUUGGCAUUCCAAAAGUGAUCAAAGAAGUGCCUGAGGACUGUCAAACACCCCCUGUGACAGACACAGAAAUGAAGAGGGAAUCCAUUCCAAGUGAACCAGAAGCAGUUACUAUGCUUACACCUAUUUCUGAUGUCACAGAGCCAUUCAAGUCUGAGACAGAUAAUGAAGAAAAGAGAAAAAGCAGAAAAUCACCUUCACUCAAAACAAAAGUCGUCCACCCUCCUAUGCCAACAUACACGCUUGAUGAACUGGACUUGAGUGAUAUUCCUGGUUCUUGGAAGGAUAUUGUCUAUGUAGCUCCGUCACGUAUUCCAGGUGCUGGUUUGGGUCUCUUUGCUAAACGAAAGCUACCUUAUAAUGCCCCCAUAGGCUUCUAUUUUGGUGUGCCCAUGACUGAAGAUGAAUUUGAUUCUCUCAAGGACCGUGUGGGGCGAUCGUCUGAAUACUCCAUCAUGUACCGAAGAACGGUCUUGGACGCCACAGAUGAAAGUGGCCAACCAGUGACUGAUCCAGAGAAUCCAAGAUAUUGUCCUUUCCAUUUUAUGAAUGAAAGUGAUGAAAAAGGAGCUAAUAUUUUGUUUGUCGAAGGCGUCGUCGUUAAUCAGGUUAUCUGCUGGACAAAGCGAGAUAUUCAACCAGAUGAAGAACUAUUCGUUUGGUAUGGAAGAGACGUGGACAGACAUUGGGGCUCUCGAAAGAAGAAGAGGCAUGGUCAGACAGACAAGAGCAAAAUUGCCACUGAUGACGAUGGUAGUGAAAUGAAUAAGAGCUAA